CAUCAAUCCGCUCCAUCCCGUCAUCUUCUCGCCCUCAGGUCGCAAUGGCGCGGGGAGAGCUCUCGGGGAGCCUGCGGAGGGCCAUUGACCUGCUAGGAAGGGCUUACUGCAGUCCUGCGGUCCGAUUUCCAAACACGAUUCGACAUUCACGAUGCCUUUCCACUACCACGUCGCGCUGCGCCGAGCUCACGAGCGAGACGCACGAGAAGUUCACGGCCGCACCCCCGAUCGAUUUCAGCAAACCAGACGCAGGAAGACCUAAGACGGGGAAGCAACUGCUGCGGACACUCAGGGUCGUUCCAGCGUCGCCCUCCUAUUUCAGCGCAAAACCCACCUUCAACGACGAUUGGGUUGCUCUUACGGCGCUGCUCCGCAAGUUCGCAACCCUCCCUACCGUCCCUCUCCCCGAAGCACCAAAGGUCGCGUGGAAGACGAUCGACCAGUACCGCAUCAUGACCAACGAGCCGGUCAAGACGCUGCGAUAUCACAAGAUGCUGCAUGUUCUACGGCGGCUGAACCGCAUACACUCUUCGCUCAUGCCCCAGGAGGUGCUCGUUGCCAUGCAACGGUAUAAGAAAGAUACGCAACCGAGCGACAUGAGACCGAAUCCGGUGUUCGUGGAUGAGGCAGGCCGAGCUAAGGGGGUUGGCCGGAGAAAGACAUCUUCGGCAGUAGCCUGGCUUGUGGAGGGAGAGGGCGAGGUGCUGAUCAAUGGCAAGACCCUGACUGAUUUCUUCGGACGGGUGCACGAUCGGGAAAGCGCGGUGUGGGCGCUGAAGGCGACUCAGAGACUGGACAAGUACAAUGUUUUCGCAUUGGUCAGGGGUGGAGGAGUGACAGGUCAGGCGGAGGCUUUGACACUGGCAAUAGCAAAGGCACUGCUGGUCCACGAACCGGCUCUGAAGCCUGCGCUGCGAAGAGCUGGCACUGUCACACGUGAUCCGAGGAAAGUCGAAAGGAAGAAGACCGGCCACGUCAAAGCUCGCAAGAUGCCCACCUGGGUCAAGCGUUAGGAUUCACCCUUGUAUACUAUGUUGUAUAUUGUUCAAUAUCUCUUCAGCGGGCUUGGUAGAAUUUACGAACACCAUUCGGAGUCAAUUACAGAGGUGGCAUCUGGUCUCUGGGCUCGCUCUCGGUCUAAUAGCCGCCUACCCAUGCGAUUGAUAUUGCGCUCUGCAGCGCUUGUGACUUUGCUUUCGACGUCGG